CAGUGGAUGCUGUAGACUUGCGUUGCUCUGUGCCCGCCAUCCCUCCGCAGCCAGGCAGACCGCAGAAACUGACAAGAGUAGCCGACUGACGGAGGGCUGAGCCAAGAUGGGACGAGACAUCUGGUACGACAGAGCCAGCACAACAACAGGAAGUCUGGUGUAGAAGCUGAACCAGAAGAGAGCCCAGGCAGCAGUAGUAGCAGCGAUAGCAGUGGUGGGGCGGUAGAUGCCCUCCCCUCAGCCCCAGGCCCAGUUCCUCCCCAGGCCCCUGUAGGAGAGAAGAGAGAGGACAGCUCCUGCUUUGACAGCUCUGUAGACUCCAGCGAGGAAGAGGAGGACAAAGAGGAGGACCCUGCCAUGUUCUCAAACUUUCUAAGCGGGGCCAACCCCCUCAGCUCUGUCUCCUCUGCUGUCAGAGGAGGUAUUUUUGGGGACAAUGGGGAGGUUGACAAACAGAAAGCAGGCCCUCAGCAUCCUGGGUCAGUUCCUGGCCCUGGGAAUGCCCCACAGCAGCAACAGGGAGGACUCCAGCUGCAGGGGAACGGUCAGGCUGGUCAACCAGCCAAACCUAGCGGGCAGCAAGCCCCCGCUAAGGGUGAACCACAACAGCAAGGACCUCCUAAGGGUGGUCCACAACAGCAAGGACCUCCUAAGGGUGGUCCACAACAGCAAGCCCCUCAACAACAAGGACCUACAAAAGGUGGACCACAACAACAAGCCCCCCAACAGCAAACCCCUGCUAGGGGUGGACCACAACAGCAAGCACCUGAUAAAGGUGGAUCACAACAACAAGGGUCACCUAAGGUUGGCGCUCAGCCACAAGUGUCCCCUAAGGGUGGACCACAACAGCAAGGACCUGCUAAAGAUGGACCCCAACAGCAAGGGUCACCUAAAGUUGGAGUUCUGCCACAAAAUCCUAAGGGACCCCAACAGCAAGGACCUGCUAAGGGUGGACCCCAACAGCAAGGGUCCCCUAAGGUUGGAGCUCAGCCACAAGGGUCCCCUAAGAUUGGCACUCAGCAGCAUGGUUCCCCUAGGACUACACCACAGCAGCAGGGUUCCCCUAGGACUACACCACAGCAGCAGGGUUCCCCUAGGACUACACCACAGCAGCAGGGUUCCCCUAGGACUACACCACAGCAGCAGGGUUCCCCUAGGACUACACCACAGCAGCAGGGUUCCCCUAAGACUACACCACAGCAGCAAGCCGCUGGUAAAGCUGGGCAUCAGUCUAAAGCCGGACCUAUGGCUGGAGCUAAACCCCUGUGCCCAGUGUGUAACACUACCGGACUCAACCUACACUCCAAGGAGCCACCCAACUAUAACACCUGCACACAGUGUAAGACUGUCGUCUGCAGCUUCUGUGGCUUCAGUCCUCCUGACUCUGGCGGUAAGGAGUGGCUGUGUCUGACCUGCCAGAUGCAAAGAGCACUCGGAGGCUCGGACCCACCUGGAACCCCAAAGAUGAAACCCCAGCCUUCACCCAACAAAGCCUCUAUAUCUCCUGCACCACAGAAGAAAGACACCUCUACACAAGGCUCCAUCCAGAAAAACCCUAUUACAUCACCAACACAGCCACCCAAGGCAGAGACUGCUAAAGCAGCAGACCCUCAGACACCGGCUAGCCCAGUACCUGCCCAGAAUGCACCACAGGAGAACCGGAGAACAUCAGGGCCUCAGAAACCGCCAGAGCAGCCAGGCCAACCUGGGCAUAAGCAGAGUAAUGCCACCCCAUGCACACAGGAGGAGCCUGGGAAGCCUCAGCAAGAGCUUCCAAAGGAUGGAGCCUCUCCUGCCAACGUUGUGCCACAGCUACAGGCUCAGGCCCCCAAGCAAGAGUCAGGGGGCUUCUUUGGCUUUGGUGGUCCUAAGUCUCAGCCUGCUUCCUCAAAGGCUGAAGAUUCAGUGUCUGGUAAGAUGUUUGGCUUUGGCUCCUCCAUCUUCAGCUCUGCAUCCACUUUGAUCAACUCAGCUGUUCAGGAUGAGCCCCACACCACACCACCAGGUUCCCCGAAGGUGUCUGCAGCAGCUCAGGCCUCUCCCAAGAUGCCUACUACAAAGGAGACCAAACCACCUGCUGCUCAGAAAGCAGAGGAGAAGAAAGCAGAGCAACCCCAACAGGCCAAGGUCCCCCCAUCAGUACAGGUCAACAUGGACAAACCCCCAUCAGAGCCUCCAAAGGGAACAGCAUCCUACCAACCAUCUCCCAAAGCAGGCCAGUCCACCUGUCCACUCUGCAAGGUGGAACUCAACAUGGGCUCCAAGGACCCUCCCAACUACAACACCUGUACCGAAUGCAAGAACACUGUCUGCAACCUCUGUGGUUUCAACCCCAUGACAAAUGUUACUGAGGUGAAGGAGUGGCUGUGUCUGAACUGCCAGAUGAAGAGAAUGGAACCCACAGGACCUCCCAUGAUGAAACCCCAACCUUCUCCAAACAAAGGUUCUGCACCUCAGAAGGCCACUGUCACACCCAUCUCUACCCAAAAGAAAGACAUUCCAAAACCAGGCUCCCCCCAGAGAAAACCUUCUACAUCAGCAACAGAGCCACUCAAGGCAGAUGUUGCUAGAGCAGCAGACCUUCAGAAACCAGCCAGCCCAGCACCUGUUCAGAAGGCACCACAGGAGAACCGGAGAACAUCAGGGCCUCAGAAACCACCAGAUCAGCCAGGGCAACCUGGGCAUGAGCGGAGCAAUGCCACCCUGUCACAGCAGGGGCCUGGGAAGCCUCAGCAAGAGCCUCCAAAAGGUGGGACAUCUCCUGCCAAAGCUGUGCCAACACUACAGGCCAAGCCCGCCAAGCAGGAGUCAGGGGGCUUCUUUGGUGGCUUUGGUGGUCCUAAAUCUCAGAUUUCCUCAAAGCCUGAAGAUUCAGUGUCUGGGAAGAUGUUUGGCUUUGGAUCCUCCAUCUUCAGCUCUGCAUCCACUUUGAUCACCUCAGCUGUUCAGGAUGAGCCCCACACCACACCACCAGGUUCUCCGAAGGUGUCUGCAGCAGCCCAGGCCUCUCCCAAGAUGCCCCCUACAAAGGAAACCAAACCACCUGCUGCUCAGAAAGCAGAGGAGAAGAAAGCAGAGCAACCCCAGCAGGCCAAGGUCCCCCCAUCAGUACAGGUCAACGUGGACAAACCCCCAUCAGAGCCUCCAAAGGGAACAGCAUCCUACCAACCAUCUCCGAAAGCAGGCCAGUCCAUCUGUCCACUCUGCAAGGUGGAACUCAACAUGGGCUCCAGGGACCCUCCCAACUACAACACCUGUACCGAAUGCAAGAACACUGUCUGCAACCUCUGUGGAUUCAACCCCAUGCCAAAUGUUACUGAGGUGAAUGUGUGGCUGUGUCUGAACUGCCAGAUGCACAGAGCACUUGGAGGAAUGGAACCUCAAGGACCUACCAUGAUGAAACCCAAGCCUUCCCCCAACAAAGUCUCUGCUCCUGCUGCUCCUCAAACGAGAGACACACCAACAGCAUCUGGUCCUCUAAAAGUGGCCACUGCACCAGCCUCACCCAACAAAGAGUCAGUGACUCCAGCCUCUCAGCCUGUCCCCUCAAAACCUGAAGAGUCAGUGUCUGGGAAAAUGUUUGGCUUUGGUUCCUCCAUCUUCAGCUCUGCAUCCACUUUGAUCACUUCAGCUGUUCAGGAUGAGCCCCACACCACACCGCCAGCUUCCCUCAAGGUGUCUGCACCCUUUGCGCUUCAAAAGCAGGAGACUCCCACACCAACUGGUGCCCAAAAAGGUGCACCAACACCAGUGUCACCCAAAAAAGAGGCUCAAACACCAGCCAUAGCCCCAAAGAAAGACACCCCAAUGCCAGCCUCCCCCCAAAGAAAGCCAGACUCCCCCACAAUGACUGCAAAGCAGGACCAGAAACCUUCAAGUCCUUUAAAACCAGUAGACCCAUCAGGGGCUAAGCAGGGGAGUGCUGCACAACCACAGCAGCAGAAGACUCCACAAGUCCAGCCUCAGCAGACCCCAGCAAGUGCACUGAAAGCAGAACCUGUGAAGCCUCAGCAGACCCCAUCAAGUGCACUGAAAGCAGAACCUGUGAAGCCUCAGCAACAGCCUCCUAGAGUUGGGACCUCUCCAGGACUGGCUCAGAAGACACCACAGGAAAACCGGAGAACAUCAGAAGUUCAGAAACCACCACAGCAGCCCAGCCCUGGGCGUAGGCAGAGUAUUGCCAUUCCGUCCACACAGCAACACCCCAAGCAGGAGUCAGGAGGCUUCUUUGGCUUUGGUGGUCCCAAAUCUCAGUCUACCCCUUCAAAGCCUGAAGAUUCAGUGUCUGGGAAGAUGUUUGGCUUUGGCUCCUCCAUCUUCAGCUCAGCAUCCACUUUGAUCACCUCAGCUGUUCAGGAUGAGCCCCACACCACUCUGCCAGCUUCCCCCAUGGUGUCUGCACCGGCCUCUCCCAAGAUGCCCCCUGCAAAGGAGACCAAACCACCUGCUGUUCAGAAUGCAAAGGAGAAGAAAGCAGAGAAACCCCAACAGGCCAAGGUCCCCACAUUAUUACAGGCCAACGUGGACAAACCCCGAUCAGAGCCUCCAAAGGGAGCAGCAUCUUCCCAACCAGUUCUCAAAGCAGGCCAGUCCACCUGUCCACUAUGUAAGAUGGAACUCAACAUGGGCUCCAAGGACCCUCCCAACUACAACACCUGUACCGAAUGCAAGAACACUGUCUGCAACCUCUGUGGAUUUAACCCCAUGCCAAGCGUUACUGAGAUGAAGGAGUGGCUGUGUCUGAACUGCCAGAUGCAGAGAGCUCUUGGAGGAAUUGAACCCCCAGAACCCCUCAUGAUGAAACUGUAUCCCAACAAAGUUUUUGCACCUCAAACAAUCACUGUCACACCUAUUGCAGCUCAAAAGGACAUUACAACACCUGCUGCAUCUGUGAAGACAGACAGUCCAAUCCCAAGCUCCCCUCAAAGGAAACCAGUUCCCCCUGCAGCUGAGAUAUCAAAAGCUGAAGCUACUAAAGCAGCAAGCACUCAAAUGCCGGCAAGCCCAGCUCAGAUGGCAUCACAAGGGAACCGGAGAGCUUCAGAACCUCAGAAACCACCACAGCAUCCCAGCCAGCCUGGGCGUAGGCAGAGUAGUGCCAUCCCAGACACACAGCAACACCCCAAGCAGGAGUCAGGAGGCUUCUUUGGCUUUGGUGGUACCAAAUCUCAGUCUACCCCCUCAAAGGCUGAAGAGUCAGUGUCUGGUAAGAUGUUUGGCUUUGGCUCCUCCAUCUUCAGCUCUGCAUCCACUUUGAUCACCUCAGCUGUUCAGGAUGAGCCCCACACCACACCGCCAGGUUCCCCAAAGGUGUCUGCACUGGCCUCUCACAAGUUGCCCCCUGCAAAGGAGACCAAACCACCUGCUACUGAGAGAGCAGAGGAAUCAAAAGCAGAGCAACCCCAGCAGGCCAAGGUCCCCCCAUCAGUACAGGCUAAAGUUGACCAACCCUCAUCAGAGCCCCCAAAAGGAGUAGCAUCCUCCCAACCAGCUCUCAAAGCAGGCCAGUCCACCUGUCCACUCUGCAAGGUGGACCUCAACAUUGACUCCAAGGACCCUCCCAACUACAACACCUGUACCGAAUGCAAGAACACUGUCUGCAACCUCUGUGGAUUUAACCCAAUGCCACAUGUUACUGAGGUGAAGGAAUGGCUGUGUCUGAACUGCCAGAUGCAGAGAGCUCUUGGGGGAAUGGAACCCCCAGAACCCCUCAUGAUGAAACCCCAACCCUUACUCAACAAAGUUUCUACACCUGUUGCACCUCAAAAGGAGCCUCCGGCAACUCAAAAGGAAAAGGAGACUGUCAUACCUGCUGUAGAUCAGAAGAAGGCCGCAUCCACACUCCAAAAAGAAGAGACAACCACUCUUGCUGCACCACAAAAGGAGACUCCAUUACCAGCCUCAUCCAAAAUGGGGGAGACACCAGUUAGAGCUUUAAAGCAGGACACUCCAACACCAGAUUCACCACAAAAUAAAAAAUAUCCUACACCACCAGGUGUUUCUGUAACAGAUGAGGUCCCAACCACAGCUUUGCCUGUCAAGAAGGACAUUUCUGCCUCAGCCCUUAUCAAGGAGGAACCAACUUCUGCCUCCCCUCUCAUCAAGGAGGUCACUGGUUCACCUCUCACUAAGGGGGCACCAGCCUCACCUCAAAAUAAUAAGGAACAUAUACUACCAGGGUCACAAAACAGAAAGGUGUCCCCAACACCAGGUUCAACCCAAGAUAACUAUGCUGGACAAUCAGGUUUACCUCUGAAGAAGGAAGCACCAUUUUCAACAGCAGUAGAGACUAAAGAGGUCCAACUUCCAGCUGCAGUUAUAAGCAAUGAGGCACCUGUUCCAGAUUCACUCAAAACAAACGAGGCAACAACACUUGGCUCCGCAAUGAAAAAAGAGCGUUCAUCUACUGAGAUCUCGAUUGACAACCAGAAACCUGCAAUUGUUCAAAAGUCGAUGGAGCCACCAGCCACACCUACAAACAAGCAGAACAAGGUUGUUCAACCCUUACAGCAGCCAGAAAAGAAAAUGCCUGCUGCACAGCCUCUGGCACAAGUACAGCCCCAGGAAGCUCCAAAGCCAGACCCCAAAAUCACUCCCCCAAAGCAGGAGCUUGGGAAACCAGCCAGUUCAGCACCUGCUCAGAAGGCACUAGAAAACCAGGGAACAUCAGAACCUCAGACACCACCACAGCAGCCCAGCCAGAGUAGUGCCAUCCCAUCCACACAGCAACCCCCCAAGCAGGAGUCAGGAGGCUUAUUUGGCUUUGGUGGUCCCAAAUCUCAGUCUACCCCCUCAAAGCCUGAAGAGUCAGUGUCGGGUAAGAUGUUUGGCUUUGGCUCCUCCAUCUUCAGUUCUGCAUCCACUUUGAUCACCUCAGCUGUUCAGGAUGAGCCCCACACCACUCUGCCAGCUUCCCCCAUGGUGUCUGCACCGGCCUCUCCCAAGAUGCCCCCUGCAAAGGAGACCAAACCACCUGCUGUUCAGAAUGCAGAGGAGAAGAAAGCAGAGCAACCCCAACAGGCCAAGGUCCCCACAUUAUUACAGGCCAACGUGGACAAACCCACAUCAGAGCCUCCAAAGGGAGCAGCAUCUUCCCAACCAGCUCUCAAAGCAGGCCAGUCCACCUGUCCACUCUGCAAGGUGGACCUCAACAUGGGCUCCAAGGACCCUCCCAACUACAACACCUGUACUGAAUGCAAGAACACUGUCUGCAACCUCUGUGGAUUUAACCCCAUGCCACAUGAAACAGAGGUAAAGGAAUGGCUGUGUCUGAACUGCCAGAUGCAGAGAGCUCUUGGAGGAAUGGAACCCCCAGGACCGCCGAUGAUUAAAUCCCAACCCUUGCCAAGCAAAGUCUCCACACCUGCUGCAUCUCUAAAGCUGACCCCAGCACCAGCUAAACCCCAAAAGGAGGAGAUUCCAACACCUGCGGCUGCCCAAAAAGAGAUUCCUCCACCCACUGUACCUCAGGAGACACUAAUACCGGCUGGAACCCCAUCAACAGCUGCAGUCAAAAAGGAGGAGACCCCAGCACCAGGAUCCCCACAAAACAAACAUGCUCCACCUGCUGUGGCUGCAAAGGACAAACAGGAACCUAUAAUUGUUCAGAAACCAGUGGAACAAACAAUUCCAGUGACACUCAUACCCAGUGGUGCUGCUACACCUGCACAACAGCCAGAAAAGCAAACUCCUCCACUGCAACAGCCUGAUGCUAAGCCCCCACCACAACUGCAGCACCAGCAAGUUCCAAAGAUAGACCCCAAAACUGAUCCCCUAAAGCAGGAGCCUGGAAAGCCUCAACAACAGCUUCCAAAAGGUGGGACCUCUCCUGCCAAAGCUGUAUCACAACCACAGGCCAAGCCCCCAAAGCAGUCAGUGGGCUUCUUUGGCUUUGGCGGUGCUAAAUCUCAGCCUUCUCAGUCAAAGCCUGAAGAGUCAGUGUCUGGGAAGAUGUUUGGCUUUGGAUCCUCCAUCUUCAGCUCUGCAUCCACUUUGAUCACCUCAGCUGUUCAGGAUGAGCCCCACACCACUCUGCCAGCUUCCCCCAUGGUGUCUGCACCGGCCUCUCCCAUGAUGACCCCUGCAAAGGAGACCAAACCACAUGCUGUUCAGAAUGCAGAGGAGAAGAAAGCAGAGCAACCCCAACAGGCCAAGGUCCCCACAUUAUUACACGCCAAAGUGGACCAACCCCCAUUAGAACCUCCAAAGGGAAAAGCAUCUUCCCAACCAGCUCUCAAAGCAGGCCAGUCCACCUGUCCACUCUGCAAGGUGGAACUCAACAUUGACUCCAAGGACCCUCCCAACUACAACACCUGCACCGAAUGCAAGAACACUGUCUGCAACCUCUGUGGAUUUAACCCCAUGCCACAUGAAACAGAGGUAAGACUGUGAAAAUAUGUUAAUUACAUUUGAUUAUGUUUAUAACUUAAACAUGUUUCAAGGCCUCUGUAAUCCCCAAUGCCGCGUUGAGCAGGUGUAAUUUCUCGUGCACUAUUCAGAAAAUGCUAACCCCAUAGGCACAUGGCAGAGGUUGAUAUACUCACUAAACUGUUUUAUUAUCCAGCCUUAGACUAGUUAUGUUGCUUCUAG